ACUUGGUUGUACAUGAUGACUACGUGGGGCUCCUGUGGUAAAGUUUCCACAGGCAGCCCAAGAAGAAGGGUAAAUAGGACAGGAAGCGAACGCGAACUGGUACGAAAGAGUGUCGAGCGAAAAAUGGCUUCCGAAGAAGAACUGGCWCGACUAGCAGCUAAAGAACCUAUAAAACCAGGAGGAGACACCGUCUUUGGAAAAAUAAUACGUCACGAAAUCCCGGCAACGUUUUUGUUCGAAGAUGAAAAGUGUAUMGCCAUUGAAGACAUUAAUCCUCAAGCACCUGUUCAUUUUCUUGUCAUUCCUAAGAAGCCUAUUCGUAGUCUUUCAGUAGCAGAAAAUACAGAUGGAGAGCUGUUGGGUCACUGUCUUCUUGUUGCCAAAAAARUUGCUGCCCAAAAGGGAGUUGAUGAAAGUGGCUAUCGAGUGGUCAUUAAUAAUGGUUACCAUGGAUGCCAGUCUGUCCAUCAUAUUCAUUUGCAUGUUAUUGGAGGUCGGCAACUUGGAUGGCCACCUUGUUAGAAGGUAGGCUUGUUAUGAGGUAGUGUGGAUUCUGUAAAGUUCUAGAAARUGCCUGUAGACUUUAAUACUAUAGAUACCUUAGGAUUCAUUUGCAAAAUAAAAAUACCAAAUAAAAUAUGAUUUCUCAGA